UGCGGACUCCCGGCUCGAGCGGAGGAGGCCGGGCGCGUCCUGCCCAGCGGUGCCGAGAGGAAGCCGGCAUGGCCUCUACUUUUCUCUUCACUCGGCGGCUGCUGCUGCUGCAGUUCCUGCUGCCGUUGUUCUGGGCGCCCCUGGGAGCCGGGAUCAAGAUAAUCACAGUGCAGGCCCCACUCCAGGUGUCCGGCUUCCUGGGAGAAACCGUGAUACUUUCAUGCCAACUAUACCCCCUGGAACACGAUGUGACGGUGACGCAAGUGACCUGGACAAAACAGAGACAGGCAGAGCUCGCCCGCAGCGUGGCGGUCUUCCACCCUGCCCAGGGCCCCAGCUUCCACGAGUCCAGCCGGUUGGAAUUCACGGCCGCCAAGCCCGGUGAGAAGCUGUGGGACGCCUCGCUGGUUGUGCGGGAGUUGCGCGUGGAAGAUGAAGCUAAUUACACCUGCCAGUUCGCCACGUUCCCUAAUGGUGACAAGAGCGCUCGAACCCUGCUCCGUGUGCUCGCCAAGCCCCAGAACAAGGCUGAGACCCUGGACAUCUCACUCAGCCCGAACCCUGUGCCAGUGGCCCGCUGCGUCUCCGUAGGAGGUCACCCACCUGCCCGCAUCUCCUGGUCCUCAGAUGGAAAGACCAAUACCACCCAGGUGCCAGGGCCCCUGCCCGGCACCGUCACCGUCAUCAGCCUCUUAAUCUUAACACCUUCCAGCCAGAUGGACGGCAGAAACGUCACCUGCAGAGUGGAGCACGAGAGCUUUGAGGAGCCCGAGGUGCUUCCCAUAACCCUUGCUGUGUCUGCCCCGCCCAAGGUUUCCAUAUCCGGCUAUGAUGACAACUGGUACAUCGGCCGUAGAGAGGUUGCCCUGAACUGUGACGUCCGCAGCAAACCAGAGCCCACAGGCUACAACUGGAGCACGACCAACGGAACCCUGCCACCCUCUGCUGUGGCCCAGGGCAGUCAGCUCCUGAUUCAUACUGUGGACGAGACCAUCAAUGCGACUUUCAUCUGCCUUGUCACCAAUGCCCUAGGGACCAGCCAGGCAAACGUGACCGUCCUGCUCAGAGAAAGUCCUAGGGAGCAGCCACACGAGGGUUCGUCCUCUAUGACCGUUAUCAUCGUGGCCUCGGUAAUCCUGUUGGUUGUCAUGCUGGUGUUGCUGAUUUGUUACUGCUGGCACAGAAAGUCCCGUCAGAACCAGUACAGUCCCUCUACUAAUGGGAUGGUCAGAUAUUCAGCUGUUGGCAGCAAUUUCCAGGAUCCACCAACGGAGGGCACCGGGUGACAGCGUGGACACUGGAUGGUGAGCCUGGAGCUGGUGAGGACCUGGAUCUUCCAGCUGGACUCCCUCCCCUGCCUCAUUGGAGGGAGUCUCCCUCCAAAGACACCGGCCACCCUUCCCCUGCCAGACCUCAAGGAUGCCCCCUCUGCCUCACAGCAUGGUGACCCAGGCGGAGGGCAAGUUCAAGGGUCUACAAGACCAGCUUCAGGUGGAGUCAUUCGCUAUGAGGACUAUGGAACUCAGGAAAGCUGUUUACUCGCGGACAUAAUUUACUAUACUGCAAGGAUGAGAUCAAGAACAGCAGUGUGAAAAAGCUCACAGGGCUGGGUCCCAGCGCAAGCUUCUGGUUGUUCAGUCCCGGUGGAGUCGUGCGGACAGCACUUACUUCUCCCGGCAAUGACGUGUGACAGCACACACAGAGUGUUGCCAAGCAGGAAAGCGCGCCUGAGCCUUGGUUUCCAGAGGUGUCAAUCGUGUAGACAUGGCUGACCACCCAUGCAGCUGACCUUGGCACCAACAUAGAAAGAGUUGAAGAAAGAGUGCAUGCAUGAUCAAGCGUGUAUGACUCUUUGCAACCCCAUCGGUGUCCAUGGGAUUCUUCAAGAAAGAAUGCUGGAGUGGGUUGCCAUUUCCUCCUCCAGGGGGUCUUCUCGGCUCAGGGAUUGAACCUGUGUCUCUUGCAUCUCCUGCAUUAGCAGGAGAAUUGUUUACCGCUGCGCCCACUGGGAAGCCUGUCACCAACAUAGGUCAAGCCAUUAUUAUGUGGCCUAAUGCCCCCGCCAUGAAUCACACCAUCGGCAUAGAUUAUCCUGUAUAGCCCACAGCCCCAGGUAAACAAAGCUUUCUAUCAGCCAGGACAUUCCAAAGAAGGGCUAAGAAGUUACUUCACAGGAACCGGGGGCAAAGGGCCAGGUCUUUUUUUGAACAAGGUUAAUCCUUUCCUGCAUAGUAGGGCCACACAGAAUGUUGCAGCUACCAGAGGUUUAUUUGGUAAGAAUUUGACUUCUGGUCUUGAGCUUCUAAAUCUCUGAUUUAGUUGAAUCUCGGUGGCUUACAAGAAAUAGUCACUGAUCCUUGUCAUCGGAAGAGGCCGGAACUCAGCUGCCCCGGGAAUGUCCAAGGAUCGGGAGCAAGUGGUGGUGCUGAACUGAUGCGGUCCCAGGAGAGCACCUGUGGCGUGCUGGGGUUAACAAGACCUUGGUCAUCCACAGAGGAAAGCAGGAAGUUAUUUCCAAAACAAGGAGGAAAAAAUAGAUGCUGAAGAAUGAGACGCGACAGCUGAGCAGCACAGGCUGCCCUCCGACCUGGAGGGACAUAGCCCAAGCCCCAGGACGAAGAGCUUCUCUGAUACUCUGACCUGUUUAUUUUAUAACGGUCCAUGAUCGUGGGGGCGGGUACCAGAAUUCCGCUGUCUGUUGGAGAAAACAGGCAGAUAGAGACCUUGGGGCAGAAUGCUAAGCCGGAGAGCAGGGCAUGAGUCACUCUGCAAGAGACAGCGAGAAGGACUUGCGGGCUUCUGUCUGGGCAGAUGGGAGAAUGCAAACCAGAGAAGGGUGGGGAAGAGAUGGGACCCAGCCAAAUGGGAGGGAUGAAGGCAUAACGAGGAUAGCAGGGCUCCGCAGUGCAGGUGCAUAAAGGGAGACUGGUUGCCUAGCUGCCACGUAAACCCCCUGUCCGCUCCCAGCCCCCAAACACCUUAUUAAAGUUAAUUUAUUACACCUCGA